AUGGUUUCUGCAACAAUUCAUCGCAAGGUGAGGAGGCCUUUCACUCUCUCCAACGGCCAGCUCAUCCCCUCUGGUGUCACCAUCGAGAUUCCCUCGAUCUGUGUAAAUCAUGAUGCUGGAAAUUUCUCAGACCCUGAUGAAUUUGAUGCAUUGCGUUUCUACAACAUCGUUCAGCAAUACCAAGAUGAGAAGACGGGAUCUUACGGUCCUAUAUCCAACACCGAGUUCUCUGCCGCAGAAUCUCGAACAUUGUUAUUUGGAUAUGGGAGGCACGCAUGCCCGGGACGGUUUCUGGCGUCCGCCGAAAUCAAGAUGAUUCUAGGCAAUAUUCUAACUGAAUAUGAAAUUAAGUUGCCAGCGGGGGUGAUGAAAAGAUACAAGGAUCUAUGCUUUGGUCCAUAUGUAGGUAUUCUCUUCAACUCUUGA